AUGAAGGCGGUCACCCAUCACACUACCCCACUCAAGCAGUUUGUCUACUUCCAUCACACUGAGGCUCUUCCUGGCUCAUGGAGCGGUCUCGACAAUGCGAAGCUGACAGCUGCGGACUGUGCCCCGCGGAAUAGCCGUUACGACUCGCAGGCUGCUGUGUUCGGAUGGAAGUACCAAGAGGAGCUCGCCAACCAGAGAUGGUUCAUCGUCGGUUCCGGCGCAAUUGGAUGCGAGCUGCUGAAGAAUCUUGCAAUGAUGGGUGGCUUGCAGCAAAGAAGUCCGAAG